GGCCCCACAGUCAGGAAUAUGGGAGACCACAGGAUGCCGGGAAACCAGGCCCGGCGGACAAUAAAGUCUCAAGACACGACUGGCAAGUCUGGAUGGAAGGACUCUUCCAAGUGUUUCGUAAAGCACAAGAAAGAGCCGCUGAGGUUGCCCACCUCUGUGGAGGGCCAGCACCGACCCUCUGUUAAGGAACGGCCAGAUGACUUCAGGAAAGUCGGCACAGCAAGUGAAGAGCUGACCCCGCGCAGCAUGGAGGGUACCAUUUUCCCUACGAUUUUUCGCGGAAUGCCCAGUCCAGUUGCUAACAAGAGCCCGAGAAAGCAAGUUGAUGACUCAGGAGUGUAUCAUCCACUUUUGCCGGUCCAACAAACACGAAGAACCUUCUGGGACGACAUAGGUUUCCGCCAGAAUCAGAAUCUGCUAACUCCCUGGCCUCGAGGAGAAGAGAAUUCUGCAGACAUACUAAUCAAAAUGCUGGAAACACCAAGACCUAACCGGAUUCUGGAGUACAAGUGGCCAUAUUGGGAAGAUUACAGGGAAGCAACCAAACAGCCCACCAACACCGGCAAACAGUCCCAAGGCAAAUUAGAUCUGGAACCUCACAAGCUUCCCUGGUCAUGCGAAGGCACUUGGCUCCAUGACGGCAAACACAGAGGCCAGGAUAUGCUUAGCUCUAUUUAUUACAAAUAUAUAUACAAAGGAGGGGAUGACGUCCGUGAUUGGGCUGAAUAUUAUCGAGAUGCCAUGAAACAAACUGACACGGGAUAUGAAAAUCAACCGAGCCAUGAAGAAUCAUCUGCCAAGAAAACUGAUCCGCCUACAUUUGAUGUCAAGUAUGGCAAGAAAACGAGCAAAGGGAAGGACAUCAGACUCUCCAAACAGGACUCCAACUUCGAUACAAAACUCCAAAAACAACACGAUCCUCAUAAAGCCAUCAAGGAGAUUAGGUAUGAAUCAUUAUCAUCAUCAUACCUGAAAAAUCACCGGUUGAAAACACUAGAAAAUGAAGACUCUAUAACAGAUUCCACUGAACUUGAACUUCAAGGUGAAAACACUGGUAAUUCAGAAAUCAUUGGAGAAACUUAUGAACCAACUGACUGGAGAUACUUCAUAAGCAAGGAAGAAACUACACCAAGCUCCCUGGAGCAGAUGUUUAUGAAGAGGAGAUGGGGUUUUGAAUGUACUCCUACAUCAAACAUGUUUAAAGAUUGUUAUUGGAUCAUGGAUACAGGUGAUGAUGAUGAUGACGACGACGAUGAUGAACAUAAAGAAGAAGGGGAAAAAGCAAAGGAACAGAAGAAAGAAAAUAACUAGAUGUUUUUCUAAUUAUGUCUUAUUUGGCUAUAUCUUGCUUGAAUUUUACCCAUCAAUCAAAUUAUACACAAUGAAAUAAUUCUCAUUGAUCUGUCAUGCCUUCACAAAUAUGUUAGAUACUUUAUCAAUUAUGGGAUCAACAUUCACAUGUACUUUUUCCACAGUUUUUGUAGCAUUGAAGAUAUUACAUCAUUACAUGAAUCAAUUAUAAGAAUGCAUAAAACCGUUAAUAAAAACAAUUAGUUUAAAUAAGAUCCAGUGAUGACACAAUGUGUGAAGAAUCUGAAAACACUGCAAUUGCACAGAAUAAAAGCAAACUUGAAUAGCUCUCUGUGGAUUAAAACUUAAUGAAAUAACUGUUGCGAUUAUUUUGCCCACCAAAACUUGUAAUCAAUAGCCAAAUAAAUGUGAAUUCAUCUUC